AUGACUUUCUCCUUUAGCGUCAUCUCAACCACGGGGCAGCGGAUCUCCAUCUCCGUUCUCGGCCCGGACAACACCGUAGGGGACAUAAAGGCGAAACUCGAGGAGACGGAAGGCAUUCCACAGAAAAUGAUCAUGCUAGUGCACUCUGGUCGCAAGCUAGAAGACAACGCAACACUGGAGGAGUGCAACAUACACGCAGGCGUCACAAUCAACAUGGUGCUUGCUCUGCGUGCUGGUCACUGA